AGAGGAACAGAAAUUGUACAUACGUUUCAUGAUACCACCUUUGUCAUCACCCUUUGUUACCUCUCCCUAAGCAUCUUCCCAGCAUGUAGAAGGAGUUGGGGCUCCACACCAGGUCCUUGGGUGCUGCUUUCCAUCAAUCGUUUUCACAUACUGAGAACCACCUCUGCUGCCUCUUCUAUCAGUUUCCAAACACUGCCAUACAAUCCCUCAUUGUGUUCAGUAAUCACAUACAUCCAGCUGGCCUCCAGAAGCAAGAUGAUAAACAACACUCAUGCAGAGAGCAACAAUCACAGAAAAGAUAGUGGAUUCACUGAAGCCUGUUCAAGCCAGUCAAACACCAUCAAGACUUUCAAGACUCAUAACAAGCUUCACAAGGAAAUGCUACUGGCCCACAAGAGGGGUAUGGUGCUGAACAGCAGAUCAGAACUCCAGCAGGUGCUGGAGCGGAGAAAGAGGGUGCAGAGUGACCAGGAGGAAGAGGGACAGAGUAGGACUCCUCUAGAGGAUAUGCUGCUCAGACGUCAGCAAAAACAACUUGAGAAGGAGAAGGAACAAGAGAAGGUACAAGAGGAAGCCCAGUUGAUUGAGUUUGUUAGAGUUCGACAGAACCUGAGAAAGAUCCACACAGCGAUCCAGAACAAGGCUGCAAACUCCUAAAGUGCUAUAGUAGAAUACACCCAAAAUGUACUGUAUAAUGAACUUUGGUUAUUUACUGCCCCUUACAUGCAAGAGUAGCAACAAGGUCCAUGCUGAAAGACAAAUAGUAUGAAUGUAUUUAAAACAGAUUUUAUUAAAGAGAGUUUUAUGGAUAUUUAUGGAAUCAAUAUACUUUUAUAGCAAUGUAAAGAAAUGUCAUCUGCUGGUUUAUGGGAAUCAAAUAUUUAUGUAGUUUUGCUUAAUGUAGUAGUGGUUACUUAUCAAUAGUAUGUUGUACUUAUCAAUAGUAUGUUGUAGAAAACCAAUAUGAUCUCCUUUGUUUGGUGAAAUGUUUUAAUGUUGUCAUUGUGAAUGCAUGUGAAAGACUUCUUUAUGAUGUCAGCUAAUGAAACUACUGAUAUUCAUCCAUCAUUGUGGUUUGGGUUCAGCAACCAAGGACAGGAACAGACUCCAGCAGACCAUCAGGACUGCAGAAAAAAAUCAUUGAUGCCAGCCUUCCCUCCAUGGCAUGAAGGAGCUUUACAUCUCAGAAAAAGUCAGGAUGGAGUGGAGAAGAAAGUAGCCCUGUGUCACCAUCUGCUGGAGAAAUUAGUUCACUUCCUUGAUCAACUUUCCUCAGCAUGUAAUAUAGCUCAACAUUAUUCAUUUUUAGUAAAAAAAAACACUUCUCUUUCA